AUUCUGCACAUCCUGUAUUUAAAACUGAAUGGGAAGUUUUACCUGUGCAAUACUUUGGGAAUGAAAAACCAGACGAUGUUUGCAACUGAAACAUUUACUGGUCACUUUGAAGAGAUGGGACUGUGCAUCUGUAACAUAGGCUCCCAACACCAUGGUAUUUAUUACUUGGGGUGAAGAACGACCUCCUUCCAGCUAGUCUUUCAGUAAUUCCUACUUCAAAAAGGAAGUAAGGUUGCCAGAGACUUCAUGAUGGAUAAAGCCGUUCCACAUCUCAGUGAGAUUCUGUCUAAUCAAACUAUCUCAAACAUUAGCUAUUCUCAGUUUUUGAACUUUGACGCAUGCCAACCUUCCUUCUUUGCAGAAUUUUUGCUUAUUACAGCCUACACAUUAGUUACAAUAGUGGGGCUUUUUGGAAAUCUUUGCCUGAUUAUAAUAAUAAAGAGAAGGAAAGAAGCUCAAAAUGUUACGAACAUUUUGAUUGCCAACCUCUCUUUAUCAGAUGUCUUGAUUUGUAUCAUGUGUAUUCCUGUCACAGUUGCGUAUACCUUAAUGGACUACUGGAUAUUUGGGGAAGCUAUGUGUAAAAUAAGUUCUUGCAUACAAAGUCUGUCUGUCACAGUCUCCAUUUUCUCGCUCGUAUUGAUUGCCAUUGAGAGAUACCAGCUAAUUGUGAACCCACGUGGCUGGAAGCCUAGUAUUUCACAUGCUUACUGGGGAAUUCUUUUCAUCUGGGUAUUUUCCCUCAUAAUAUCCAUUCCUUUCUUAAUAUUUCACCAAUUAACAGAUGAACCCUUCAAACAUCUGUCUUUCCAUAAUGAUUUCUACAAGAACAAGGUUGCUUGCAUCGAAACAUGGCCAUCCAUUACAGAACGACUGAUUUUUACCACUAGUCUGCUGGUUUUCCAGUACUGCUUCCCGCUGGGGUUUAUUUUUAUCUGCUAUCUCAGGAUAUUUGUAUGUCUUCGAAGGAGACAUGGUAAAAUAGAUAGGAUGAGGGAGAAUGAGAGCAGAAUGAGUGAAAACAAAAGGAUUAAUAUGAUGUUGAUAUCAAUCGUUGUGACUUUUGCAGCUUGCUGGUUGCCUCUCAAUAUAUUCAACGUUGUUUUUGACUGGAACUAUGAGGCACUAAUGAGCUGUAAUCAUAAUCUAGCCUUUACAAUAUGCCACCUUGUGGCCAUGAUCUCAACAUGUAUCAAUCCUAUCUUUUAUGGAUUUCUCAACAAAAAUUUUCAGAAGGAUUUGAUAGUAUUAGUUCACAACUGCAGAUGCUCAGCAUCACAAGAGGAAUAUGAAAACAUUGCCCUUUCAAAUCUGCAGACUGAUGCAUCUAAGGGGUCUCUGAAAUUAAAUAAUCCCCCUGUAGAUACUUAAAAUAAUCCAACAGGAUUCACCAAUAUUUUGUAAUUUGUUGCAGAUGACAUCUCUCUGUAGGUCUUGGUUGUGUUACUGCUGAGUUUAGAGGAAGCCUUUGCCGUUUAGUUCAACAAAACCAGGAUUAUCAUCCCAUAGGCAUCCUCUAAAAAAAAGGUGCAUUAUUAUGGUAUUAAUGCUAAUAAACCACUUGUAAAGGUGAUAAAGAUUGAUAAGCAGUAUUAACAUCUUACUUUUUUAAUACACGAUUUCCAACUCACUGGAAUAUUACCUUAACACCAAUCAAAAUAGUUCCACUUCAGCCACUGAUGUAGUUUUUCUUCCUAAACACCUGGCUUCAUCCAAGUAAACCAUGACUCCUAUGGCAUUCCUAACUUCAUCAGCCUUUUCACAAACUGUUUUCUGGCCUUUCAAUAUUCCAGCCCUCCACCGUUCACACCUCAGCCACCUGGUUAAUCUGCACAACACUUUAUAGGCAAUUCACACUGUAAGGAGGGCCCCUCAAGUUAUCCUAAGCCUCUACCAUCUUCCUUUUAGCUCCAACACGCGGUUUGCUUUGGUUUAGUACCAGUUCAACCUUGAAAUUGUAUUUUAACGAGGGACAAGGCUUUUUUUUUUUUAGGCACUAAUAGAGGCCUCGUUUGAUAUUCUGCAAAUUCCUCUCAGACUGUGGCUGUUCAAGAUAGAAUACAUACUUAUCGUUUCUCCUAAAAUUAUUGUAUUCAACUCCAAACCACUAGCAGAGAUCAUUGCUUUCUCUGUUAUUAUCAUCACUGGUCCUUAAAACAGACCUUUUGGAACCUCCAUUAUCAAACAAGCACACUAUUAAAUCAAAGUAAAUUUUUUUUUAGCUACUUAUCCAGAUUAUAGGUUUCUCUUUGAGUAGAAAAUUACAUCUGUGUUUUAAUUUCAGAAAUCACUUUCUCCACAUUUCUGCACUAGCAAGAGGCCACACUUGAGGUGAAUGUAGUCAUUUCUGAUGUACCAUGUUUGCAAAUAGUUUCUUCUGUAAUGCAGCACAGGAGAAGCUCAGAGGUAUAAUAUUGAAUGCAUCUUCCCCCAGACUAAAACACAUUAAGAAAAGAGAAUUAACGUUCAGACUACAAUCAGGUUCUUGAUGACUCACCUAUGUUGAAACUUACCUUAAGGCUAUAAAAUUCGCUUGAAUAGGGACCUUCAUUUUCUGUAGGCACACAGCUCUGAAAGGAUUCCAUCAGGUCAUAGUUCUCUUGCUCCACUGCUGGAGAGCAUUAGGCCAAACUGUCUGCAUUACUCUACUCACCAGAGGAGCUCCAUGAAACAAUCCUCACGAGCUCUUGCGAGUGUGCUGGGUUGUUAUGUGCUUUCUGAUUCACACUGAACAAAAAGAUCUCGCGGAAAUCUAUUGGGGCCAGAUUCCGUUGAAGGCAUAAGGGCAGCACCACUCACAGGAGUAAGGAUGGCAGAAUUAGUGACAUGGUAAUCAAGUACUUGAGUGACAGAUAUGGAUUAGUUUUGGCAUAGUUUAGUAUUUUUUUCUAAUUAGAUCAAAUAUAAUGCAUGUAGAGUGCAUAAAUAACCACAACUUGAACACCUACCCUGAGCAUCACAGGAGGAAAAACAGGAUACAGCUAAAUACCUAAUAAAGGCUAAUGGUCAGACUGUUGAGAGUACAUUAGUAUUAAUUAUUUCCAUUAACUCCAACCCCCAGUCACUAGGCUCCCUUUAUUGCUGAUACAAACCACCCCCUUGAUCAGCACAACAGGCAUUUAACCAAAUAGAAAGCAGUAACUUAUAGCCAACGAUACCUGUGACAUAUAAUGUGUAAUCAGAGUGGCUGGUGAAUGCUUUGGUGAACGGGAAGUGGUGGAGCUUGUUCUCUGUUCCACCAGUGAGAAUUCAGGGUAAUAAAGUGAUUAGUGCCAUUUAACUUGAUUAACUCAGAGGAACUCUGAUUUUCACUUUUCUUGGAGAUUCCAGUACCCGUAGAGAAAACCAUCCAACAUUGUCAGAAAAUCCUUCACUGAAUAGAGCACUUUAACAAGUUACAGUGGUAUACCUGCUAGAGGCUGGGUUCUCAGCUGGAUUUCUCUGAGUUUGGAACACAAAUCUCUACCACCAUCCUCCUCCUGUUUAAGCACACUGUUUACAGCUGCAGAGGCCAGGUCAGAGCAAUUUACAAGCACAACAUUCACGAUGUACUCUAGAUUAUCAGACACAAUCAUUCUGAUUACUCUCAGUUCUCACUGAAAACAUCUCGGGCAGUAUUUAGGCCCAGCUGAGAUUCCCAUGUGUGAACUUGUCCUGAGUAGCUCCCAUACCAGAAUUCCCAUCCCACAGGCGUGCCCAAGUGUGCUUAGCUUUACAGCAGAGGUGUUUUCAGCAUCAGGCCCAGAGUGAUUAAACACAGCCACAAAACAAAUGCUACUCCAAAUUAGGUGUUCAGAGGGCUGGCAGGAACUCUCAUGAUCUUAAUGAGAAGGCCAGUGACUGUGACGGAUGACCUCCCUUCACUGUCUCUCCCUUAAAGUCCUCGGGCAGUACAUUUCUAUGGCAGUGAACAGCCGAAAAGAAAAAAGGUUGCAAUUGCUUUUUAUAACACCAAUUGUCUACUCCUGAUAUCCUGAUCAGAGUUAAGCAAUCAAUUUUUCCAGUCUGAAUCUUGGCUUAAGAGGGUUCUUCGUUACCAGGUGGAAGCUCUCUGAGCAGCGAGACUGCUUCAGAAUCAAAUAUGAAUAUAAUAACUGUGCCUUGAUUUCUUCUAGUCAUUUCUUCCUUGCACUUUCUCCCUUGACUCAAGUGCUGAUGCUCCAAUUCUGUGCUGAACAUUCAGUUAUCAAGUAUCUCUUUUCUUAAUGCUGCACUUUUAGAAAUCAUUGCUAACUGAUCAGAGUAUCAUCACUGCCUUGACGACGUCGCUCUUCAAGCUGCUCUCAUUAUAUCCACUGGCUUUAUAUGCAGACUGGUAUCUAAUUUCCAGCCAAGUCAAUAAGACUGAAUUGACUCUGAUAAGAAAAGGAAUAGAGAGAAGUUAUUUAUUUUAAAAUCAGAAGCAUCAUGGACUCCAACACGGUGUGUGAUGGUGAUGUAUGUAACUGUGUAACUGUGCAAUGUGCAAUAUUUAAACCUUGCUUAAGUCAUAAUAUUAAACUGACUGAUGUUGCCCUGUGUUAGGUAAUGCUGCUAACUUUAGUUUCUCUUAUUUUAUCGGUAUAGCAAGUAGACAAAACAGCCUUGCUCACCAGACUGUUGUCACUUGAUGCAGUAGGUGGAAGACUGUUUCCUCGGGGAAGUAGAAACACGUAAUUAAUUACAGAAAGCUAGAGGGAGAACCUGAACUCCAGAAUGCUGUUCAAAUGUGAAAAUAAAGUCUUAAAAAAAAAUCACUGCUAAAAAAAGGUGCAUCAGAGCUUUGUUCAAGUGGUUCAGUCAGAUAGACCAGACCAAUAUAUAUAUAUAAACAUCUUUGUAAACUAACAUAUCUUUACAUGUAUUUGUAUUUAAUUGUUGAUUGGUUUAACUAUAAGCACAAAUCACUAGAGUUAGAUACUUGGAAAAUGGCAUUAAUUAUGAAAAUUAUUCCAUUGAACAGAAAGCUCAAUUGAUUCUUAAAUGUAGUUAUGUACAUGGACAAAAGUGGUGCCAUUGCUGUGUGUUAUUUUAAUACUUUGAUUCCUGCAGCUUACUGCAAAAUA